CCGGCCCCGCCGGCCGCCCCGCGCCGCCGAUGCUGUCGGUGCCGGUGGGGGCGGCGCGGGGCGCGGGUUCCCUGCCCCGCCGGCGAACCAUGUGCAGCGGCGUCGGCUGCUUCUGGGCGCUGCUCUCCGCCGGCCUCUUGGCCGCCUGCGUCGCCGCUUUCCUCUCUCCGGCCUGGCUGCUGCCGCCCGGCCGUGCCGCCGGUGGGUUCGGCUUGCUCUGGCGCUGCGCCGGACCCCCCCGCGGCUGCCACGGCUCCGCCGGUCCUGGCGGCUUCGGAGACAUCCCCUCCGGUUCCUGGCAGACCAGUGCUGUGCUGUGUGCAGGUGGCUGUGCCCUGCUGGCCCUCAGCUCCCUGCUGGCCAUCGUUGCUGUCCUGCUGCCUGGUGGAGCCUGUGAGAGGAGAGUCUGCACCCUGGCUGGUUACAUGCAGACAGCAGCAGUGUUCAUAAUGGCUUCUGGGCUUUUGGUUUACCCUUUUGGUUUCAACUCAGCUACUGUGAAGAGAUUCUGUGAGAAUUCAGACAUCUACUAUGCAGGAGACUGCCAGAUUGGCUGGGGGUAUAUGCUGGCAAUUGUUGGGGUAAUGUUGUCUGUCUUUUUACCAUUCUUUGCAAAAUAUGCACCAAAAGAGCACAUAUCUCCAACUCCAAUACCUACUAUUUUAUAGUAUUUUCUUACUAAGAACAGAACAUUCCUGUCUACAGGCAAUGGGCAGAAAUUAUUAUAGCACUUCCAUUUAGCUGUAUUGCUAAAGAAAAAAAAAAACAAGGAGAUGGGGAAGAGAAGAUCAGAUUCACAAAGACCAAAAGUGCAUUGAUAGUCUUCCGUAAGCAUGAGCAGCAAACACUCUGGAAUUGAAAUAAGGUAAAUCAGCAGCCUUUCUACUGCUCUGAACAUACAGUGGCAUAUUGCCUUAGAGAAACAAAAAUCUGUUUAUCCUCAAAGCAUCUGUCUACCUCCCACUUUCUUUUGUGUCUCAAAAUCAUAAGUCUUCAAUUCGUCUCAAAGCCGUAAACUUCAAUUCCUUUUUUAUAUAUUAUUAGAUGUCAAAACUUUAUGAACCCAAUAAUUUUUAAAUCAUUAAUGUUGUUUUGUUACAAUUAUUUUGGUUAGUGAAAAAAGCACCAACUAUUAGCCAUGGCCUAAAAUUCUGUUUGAUAUCUAAAAGGAAUUGAAUACAAGAAAAAAAGGCUCUUUUUGAUCUAUAUGUAUGAGUAGCACCUACAUUUUUUAAGUUGUCAGCACACUCUCUAAUACUGAUCCAACCUUCAAGAUUUACUCAUUUUCAUGAAGACUUACAUGAAAUUUAGAUGGCUUUUUUUCAGAGAGAUCUAUCUAACCACUUCCAAAGGCUUCAUGAUGCUAUAGUUAACAAGAUUUUGAGUUUUGUUGUUUGUUUUCUUAAGGCUGAAAAGAAAAAUCUGUUUACAAAAACAUAUGUGCCCAAUGGUCUUUGUAUGUAGUUGUAAUAUGAGCCAGAAUAAACUAUAUUCUAAUAUUUCCAUUCCUAUUAAGAAUUCCUAUUCCCAGAAUAGGAAUUCCUAGAGUUUCCAUUCCUAUUCCCACUAUUGUAGAAGAGGAAAAAAAAGUGUGAAUUGAAACUAAAUGCUUCUUAGCACAACUAAUUAGAAUAAGCUGAUGCUGUGUCAAAACUAGCAAAUGGCCAUAUUUCAUGGUUUUGUCUGUGAAUUUGUGAAGUCUGAUUUCCACACUAGCACUGAAUUCAUUCCUAUCAAGCAUUGAAAUACGUGCACUUGAUUGCCUUAAGCAAAAGAAACAUUGGGUUCUAAUCUCACCCCAUUGUUUAUUUAAAAUUAAAACUGAAGUCUAAUUCUAUUAUCAUCUUUUAUUUUCUAUUAUUUAUUUAAAACUAAAUAAUCACAUAGUUUAUAUUUAAUUCAAGCUGUACUUCUUAGGUUUGUAUUGUGGCACAAACCAAGUGAUCAAAUUUAUUAUUCUUCACUUAUCUGAGUCCAACUGAUUCCUGAAUUUUUUAUUUUUUUCAUGGAAAGUAUACUUGAAGGGACAGACAGAGACAUGUUGAGGAUGUAUAAGAAAAUGCAAACAGAUAGAACAAUCACUGUGUUCAUUUAAUCAAUGUCAAGGACUUCUGCAGUCUUGUUUACAUUCCUCACCCUUCUAAACUUCAAUGGAACCUUGCAUUGUUUUCCAGAAUAAUUGGAACACAGUUAUUAUUGUUAUAAUAAUACUAUACUUUCAUGCAGUCUAAAAGUAAACUCUGCACAGAAACUCUGCAAGGUCCAUUAGUAAUCUUUAAAAAUACAGAUUUCCAUUUAGAAUUCAGUACACUGAGAAAGCAACAGUGCAUGCUAUGCAUUGCUGCUGGCAGUGACUAAGGAAUUAAAUCUUCCAAAUAUUUAACAAAAUAGGUUGAAGGAAUGCCUCUAAAAUAAGAAUAAAUUUCAGCCAGCUCUGUAUAGUAAUGUACUUUUCAAUAAUGUCUUACACUUUUUAAAAUGAGUGGCUGAUAUUGAUAUUUUUCAUGUAAGAGUCAGAAAAGUGAGGAAUAACAAACAAUAUGUAAAAAGAAAAUCAUCACCAUGAAGUAGUGAGACAGAGAUGCAGGCUUUUCUUUCCUAACCAACCUGUGCCUUUACACUAGAACCAUUAUACAAGACAGGAUCAAUAUGGUUACAGAAAAAAAAACAAUAAAACCAACGAACAACAACUGAAAAAAUGUUGAGUAAUGUGUAUAAACUGUAUUAUGUAGGGGUUUUUCUGUUUUGUGUAAUGUUUACUACUGUUCACUUAAUGUUUCACUAGAAAAAGUGAUUUGUUAGUGUAAAGUAGGAAAAUGUUUUUGCAAAGAUCCAAACACUUACUGAAAGGAAAAUUAUUUUAGAGUUUUAUUAGCAGCCAUAACAUACCUACUAAACACAAACGACCUAUUUCUGUCACUACUUAUUAACAUAACUUCCACAUGUGCAGAACUGGAACCAUCAAUCAUUCAACUGAAAUCAGAGGGACUACAACAUUCAUGUGGUGCUGAUAACACAAACACAGGUGAAGGUUUGGUCCCAUAGUUCAACCCUCUAAGUAGUUUUGAUUCACUGUUACAAUGGAACCUCACCAUGUGCAAUGCCACAUGACCAAAUCCUUCACUUCUCAGCUUCUUCCAUUGCCAAGAAUGUCCUGCAACAUUCUGCACCUUUUAUGCAUUAAGCCAAUGCUUCCAUCAGGAACUUUCUUUAAUAUUUUACAAUAUAGAAAGGAAAUCCAAUAUACAUAUAUGAACUCUACAGCUGGACAGACAAAACUCUCCUUGAAAUACCACACUGAGAACCAGCUUAGCACUUAAAGGAAGAGAUGACAAUGCAAGUGAUUCUUACAACAGUUAGUAAAGCAUAUACUUUAGUUCCUCAACUGGAAUAUUAAGGGGAGUUGCUAACAACACAGGAGCUAACACUGACAGAUCACUUUUUUAAAUAAAGACUGGCGUUAAACUGUGUAGAAGUGUUUUCCUGUUACAAGUCAAACAAUUUACUGGACCAGGUUCAAGUUUUUUUCUAAAUAUAUAAUUUUUUAAGUGUAACUAAAAGCUGUAUUUUCCAUUAAUGUGUUUCUGCGUUGACUAGCUGGCUCCUUUUUAGAAUAUUAACUGUUUUCUGUAUUUGACUUGUUGGAUACAAUAUUUCAAUUAUUUUAAAUGUGAAAUUUCCAAUUGCCAACACUGUAUAAUAAAAUUUAAAAAAAC